AUGGAGGGCGGGCGCCUGGAGGAGGCGCGGCAGGCGUUUGGCGACGCGGCCGCCAUCGAGCCGCUGCUCCCGCAGGCGCUCUACAACAUGGGCGUGGUCAACCUGCGGCUGCAGGAGCCCGAGUCAGCGCUGGUGCCGCUGCGCAAGCUGCACACGCUGCUGCCGGACCAGCCGGAGGUGGUGCACUGCAUCGCACUCGCGCAUGACAUGCUGGGGGACACCCAGGGCGCCAUCCGCUGGCUGGAGCUGCUGACCAGCCUGGUGCCAAAUGACCCCGGCGUGCUGCUGGGCGAGGAGGCGCGGUCCUUGGCGUACUACCAGGACGCGCACCGCGUGUGGCCGGUCAAUCUUGACGUCAUCUCGUGGCUGGGGGCCUACCACGUGCGCACUGAGGUGUAUGAGCGGGCCGUCCCCUACUUUGAGCUCGCGGCCGCCAUCCAGCCGUCCGAGGUUAAGUGGGCCCUCAUGGUGGCCUCGUGCCACCGGCGCGUGGGGGCAUACGAGGCCGCACUCGCAAAGUACGAGUCCAUCGCGGCCUCUCACCCCGGCAACACCGAGUGCUUGCGAUACUUGGGGCGCAAGGUCGCGGCCCAGGCUCAGGAGGAGCAGGAGGUCUGCAUCAGCGCCCGUGAGAGCUUUGAGCUGGUGCGCUGCCUGCUGCGCGUGAGCAUCUACCACGUGUCAUUCCUGCGCGGCCUCUUCCCUGAUAAAAUGUUCAGCGGCGCCACCAUGAACAAUCUGGGGGGCGUGACGGUGCAGAUGCUGGGCGGCGACGGCGUGCAACUCAGCCAGGACGCCCAGAAGCUCAAGGACUGGGUGGAAAAAGGCGUGGUGGAGGCUGUGAAGGAGCGCUUUCUGAAGAAGCUCUACUUUGGCAUCGCGGCAGACCCCGAGUGCACCGACAUCCUGGAGGAGUUUGUGUUCACAUUUGCGUAUGGCGCCGACGGCGGCGGCACCACCAUGAACUUGGACGCAUCCGCUACUGCGGCGGGCGGCAAAGCGCACGCGACCUUCAAGGGCGGGAAGGCCGGCGCGGGUAGCAAGCUGAUCAGCAUUAAGCACGUCAAGAACCAGAUAUACCGCCUCAUGCGCACCCUGGUGGAGCUGUGCAGCACUCUGGACGAGGUGCCAGAGCAGCGCCACAUUUUCAUGAGGCUCACGUACCAGGAAGAUGCCCCCGCGGACUACGAGCCGCCCCACUUUGCGCCCGCCACGGAGCAGCAGGCCAACGGCGCGUUUGCCGCCCAGCCCUUCAGCAUGAAGGCAGGCAGCUUGGCUACCGAGCACCACCGUGUGUCGGUGCGCGUCAAGAGCCUGCUCGACGCCGUCGACGACGCUGCGUGCGCCCCCGGCGAUGACGAGGAGGAGAUGGUAGCGAUGGGCCUCGCAGCCAACGGCGCCGACGCCGAUGCUGGGGGCGGCGCUGCCGAUGUGGCUGCGGCUGCUCAGCACCAGCAGAGGCGCGGGGCGGCUGCAGCCGGCGGCGGGGGGGCGGACUUCAAGGGGGACGAGGGCGACGAGGGCGGCGGCGCCGUGGGCUGGGGCGAGGGAAGGGGAGAUGGCGUGCAAGCCGGCGAUCAGGACAUGGCCAUCGAGCCUCGGCAGACCGCAUUGAACCCCGGCGCCGCCGCCCACCGCGGCAUCCGGCGGGAGGAGGCGACGCCGCCGCCAGAGGGCGAGGGCGGCGGUGGGCUGCUGGGGCCUUCCCAGGAGGUGGAUGGGCCUGUCAACACUGACCGGAUGCUGCAUGAUGCCAACCAAAACGCCUCGCCCGCCUCUGGUCUCAACGAUGACCUGGGCGUGGGCCACCCCGACCAACUCGGCUACCCACCAGACCACCCAGGCAAUGAGGAUGCCGCCAUGGGUGACGCCCACCCCGCGGACCAGCCGGCCCGCCAUGUCGGCAGCCAGGCUCUGCAUGAUACCCAGGUGCCUGCUAACGAGGAAGAGCUGCUGCAGCUGACGCUGGCGCCGCCGCCCCUGGAUGCAGCCAUGGAAGACCUGCAGCUGGCCGGGAGCGGCCCGCAGGCUCCUGCGGCGCCCUCCAGCGUCGCCCACCACAUGGGCGGUUCCCAGACCUCCAGCCAGGCCGCGGCGGCCGCCACUGAGCGCGUGCCCAUGCAGGCCUUGGAGAGCGUAUUCGCCUGCCUUGUGGCUGACAACUUGCUGCAGCAGGUGACCGCUGACGACUACGCACGCGCGGCGGCCGGCGACUCGGACGACGCGCCCGGCGGCGGCAAGCGCAGGGGCGGCCGCACGGGUAACGGGGGGCGUCGCGCCUGA